AUGAUAGCACCGGCAGACGUGGUCUGGCGGGGGGACGUGGGGGUGACCUACGCGGACCCUGAUGAGGUGCUUGAACCAGGCGCACUGACCGUGGCGUAUCCCCUAUACUCGGUUGACUCUGAGCUGUCUACAGAGAGCUCUAAUAGGCAGUGGACGUGUAGGCUUUUGCCGUGUUUGCCGCCGCUGGGGUUAGUUGCUGCUUCUGUGGGUCUGCAGCUGGGCGCAGCGCUGCUUUUAUUGGCAGCCGCCACCAACGGCAUGAGACUUCACGGGCUUCUCCCCAACAUUCUGGACCCUGAGCUGCCGUCUAUCUACAUUUACGUGCUACAGAGGGAUCCCAAGACGUACGCCUGGUGUUUGGCGUUUGUGUUGGUGGCUUUGCUCCUGAUCUUUACGUUCGCUGUUGCGGUUGCGGGCGCUGUUGCGAUCUACCUCGGCUGCUGCAAAUGGGCGAAAGUCCUUCGCGCCCUUAGCAUAGUGCAGUCCCUUAUUUGCCUUGCUACCACUGUCACUUGUGGUGCGUGGCUUUGUGGCUACGCCGUGGCUCAGUCUGCCCAGCGGACCCCCGCAGUUGUUGCCUUCAUGGUCCCCUUUAACUAUGGCACCCUGCUCUUUGUUAAGACUCACGAGCACAUUAUCAGAGCAGCAGGUGCCAUGACAGCAGCAGCAACAGCAGCGAGCGCAAGAGCAGCAAGAGCCACAUGCCAUGACACUGCAGCAGGCGCCGCCACGACGUGUUUCGCGUUGUUAGUGUCGUGGGCAGUGACUUUUCUGCUGGUGCAGGGGGCAAUAGGGGGCCUGGCGCCCCCCGUGUUUGGAGCUCCGGCGGCUUUGCUAUCUGUUGCUUGUCUCCUAUGCUUGAAUUUUGGAUGCUUGGGGAGAUGGCAAUUCGCGGGACUGAUGGGGCUGUUUGGAGCGGCGGCGCUGGUUGCGGCUGUCGCUUGGGCAGCCGCUAAAGAGACAUAUGUCGUCAACUAUAGCAACAGGGCCCACAAAGAGUCAUCGCUGCUUGCCCAGCUAAAAACCUUGGUGAAUUUAGCUCAGUGGGCUACUGCCCUGGGCCAUGAGGUCGGCGUGGCUGGCCUGGUGCAAAUGGCAGCAAUGCAGGUCUUCCUUUGUCUCUACCCCGCAACACUCAUGUUUGCUCGCGCCUUCGGGCCAAAAAUUAAUGCCUACAGAAGAAAGAGAAGGCAGCAAAAAAGAGACAGGGAGCUCUGCGAGGCUGUUGCUCACGCUGCAGCACACCAGCCACACGCUCACGCAGUGAUCGAGACGUGCGCUACACCAGUGAUCACCACACCGGUUGGGCCCCCUCCACCCCCGGCCACAUUACCACUGCCUCCCCAGUGCCUUCCUCCCCAAAAAAUACUCGUGCCGCCCCCGCCCCAUGCAGUAUUGCCUUAG